GAGUCCCCCCUGCGCCUCCUUCUUUUCUCUCCUGCUGCCACCAUAUCGGCCGUCUGGGAGCGAGGACGGCAGCGGGAAGAAGGGAGUUUUAGGACUAGUUUUUUUUUUCUUUAAAAAAAAAAAAAAAAAAAAAACAAGAGUCCUAAAACAUGUCGAGGUCCCGAUCGACGUGUUUGCUUUUAGCCGGUUCGUUGAUAAGAUGUUGCUCAUGAAGCUGAAGGUGUCCGUGUUUUAUCAUCCGACUUGUUCCGACACGGGAGAAAUGGAUCCGACUUUUCUUGGUCGCAUUUUUGUCGCAAACAAAGAAAAGCCGUCGAGAAAAUAGGAAACGAGCACAAAAGAACUGCAGGUUCAGGUGCCCCCACCUCAUGGAGAAGGUAGGCAAGGUGUGGAGCAACCUGAAGAGGGGAUGUCAGUCUCUGCUCCACCCAGAUGGAAGUUCCCGUGGGGAAACACAGCUGCAGACCGAUACAUUUCGUCAGAGUGUGGACCAGAUCCAAGGAGAGAGCACACAGGAACUCGCUAGUCCUCCAAACAGCCUGUUGACACAUGCUGUAGUGUCACGUAGGGUUAAUGGCAGCAUGGUACAUCGAGGUCAUAACUGCGUUGCAGAUGUGCCUCAGAUACUGGAGAUCACAGUUGAGCAGGACAGUGAAGAUCUAUGUGCUCCGCUGGGUGCCCGCAGAGACUCUUAUUCACGCCACGCACCUUGGAGUGGCAAGAAGAGGCACUCGUGCUCCACCAAGGCACAGAGUUCCCUGGAGACCACAGACCGACGGAGUGGCCGUUCCCGCCGAAGACACCUAACAAAUAGCAGCAGAGAUGAACCAGACCCAGGAGUGCAACGCUCACUGCGCCAGCAACUCCAUGAAACAAUGGGCUUGUGCCUACCUCUGCGCCUGUCAUCACGUGGCACCCACUCACGGAUGCCAAAGCGUAAGAUCCAGAUCACGGAGCUAAUGCUGGACACAUGCCCCUUUCCUCCUGGGUCUGAUCUUGCUCGUAAAUGGCACCUCAUCAAACAGCAUACGGCCCCUGUUACAGCUUCAGCAGUGGACUGCUCCACAGACUCUAGUGGUGCCUGUGCAUCUCCAGAGGAUGAAGAGGAACGUCUACGUGAGCGACGAAGGCUCAGUAUAGAAGAGGGUGUGGAUCCACCACCUGAUGCUCAGAUACACACUGUAGAAGCUAUUUCAGCUCCACUAGCUACAGUCUACAAGCUGGGACCGAAACUAGCUCCUGGGAUGGGGGAGGCCUUGGGUGAGAGUCGAGGAGCCACAGCAGCCGACUGUGACUCUGAAGAUGAAGACACUACCACUCUUUGUUUGCAGGCUCGCCGUCCCAAGCAGCGCCAUAAUUCAGCAGAGGGCCUCCUGGGUGGCAAGCAGCAAGGGCCAUGGAAAGUGCACACACAGAUUGACUACAUCCACUGCCUAGUGCCGGACCUGAUGCAGAUCACAGCUUUACCCUGCUACUGGGGCGUAAUGGACCGCUACGAGGCUGAGGCUUUGCUCGAUGGUCGGCCAGAGGGCACCUUUCUGUUGCGCGACUCUGCCCAGGAGGACUACCUGUUUUCUGUUAGUUUUCGCCGUUAUGGUCGGUCUUUGCAUGCACGCAUCGAACAGUGGAACCACAACUUCAGCUUUGAUGCCCACGACCCCUGUGUGUUCCAUGCAGCCACAGUGACCGCACUGCUGGAGCACUACAAGGACCCCAGCGCCUGCAUGUUCUUUGAGCCUCUGCUCACCUUGCCCCUUCACCGGACUUUUCCGUUCGGCCUGCAAAGCCUGGCUCGGGCAGUCAUCUGUCGUGGGACCACCUAUGAUGGCAUUGCAGCACUACCGUUACCACCAGCACUGCAGGACUACCUCAGGGAGUAUCAUUAUAAGCAGAGAGUGCGGGUGCGCUGGCUGGAGCGAGAGCUGCUCAAAGCCAAGUGAAACAGAGCACUACUCCUAAUCAACUAAGAAAGGGAUUUCGGUUUUGGGGGUGGGGGGUUUAAACUGUGUACCGAGCAACAGGGGCUGGGGGUUUUCUUUGUGAAGAGUAGUUCAUUUAGCACUUUGCAGGAAAGGAAUGGAGUAAAAAUUAUUUUUGUAGGAAAAGGCUUUUGAGGUGAAGGGUAGUAAAUGCAGGAGGCGUGCAAAGCGGCCUGAAACCCGAUAUAUAAGCUUCUGGGGUUUUUGUUUGCUUAUUAUUACUCAAAACAAAUACACUUAGAGCUACAGCAGCCUCCAGUAGAGACAUCAAUUUGGACUGAAACAGUGGGAGCCUUUUACCUUCACACCCCACAUAUCCCAGCCUCUCACUGCUUCACAGAAGAGGAGUCUCCUUCUAAGUACACUCAGACGCCUCCAUUCUCUCACUGCUUAGCUACAAGCUUUUACUCUCUUCACUCUUUUUAAUCUUUUUUCAUAUACUAAGAUGAAAUUGUGCAGCCCUUCACCUCCUAUAUUAAAAAUGCAUUGGAAAUAAUAAAAGACCACCUUUAAAGUCGUAUCAUGGACAUUAUCAAGGCGGUGUGCCAUGGGCGGAGCUGUGAUCAAGUUAUGUUUACCUAAAAAUCUUUGCAUUCAUGGUGCUCUGUUAGUGGUCCCAAGGUUACAUUCUGUGCUCACCCUUUUGGGAAGAUUUGAGCAGGCAUUGAAGUGCAGGAAACGGACAAUGGAUCUAUAGUAUUCACAGACAACAAGAGCAGGAAGUCUGUAAAACAUGGACUUGGUUUAGUACUAUGUGUCCAGACUGCUGUUAUAGAAGGUUUAACAGAAGUUCUCUGUGACAUUCUACUUCUUUUCACUUCCACGAAGUGAUGUUGACGACGAUGAUGCGUAAUGUGGCUACAGUGUCAAUUGUGUUACGUGAUGCGAGUGUGCCUGGUUUUCUAAAGACAUAGUCACUCUGUGUGUGAAAGUUCCUUUGCUAUCAAUAUGUUUUGUAAUCAUUAAUUCCUAACACUAAUUGCACAGGAAGUGGGAAAAUUGUAAGUGUUUUUCUUUUUUUUCUUUAAUCCUGAAAGACAUUCAGUGCCGUGGGAGAAGGGGUGUGUUAAAGGGCACUUAAGUUCAACUGUGCUUAUCUUAGUGGGAGCAGCAGAGGCAAUAUAUAAUCCUGCAACACUGGGACCAUUGUUAAGCAUAUACACAUUUCUAUGUUGAUAGACACAAAUACACAGAUUCUAUAAGCUCACCUUGUCUAAUCUACAAUGCACUAGAGGUCUGCAUUUUGGCUGGUCAUUUUAUCGAUCCCAUUGCAUGGAAUUACAUUACAGAUUUAUCAGAUUUAUAAUAUAUUCUAGUUCUCGUAGACUCUGAGGUCCACUUUAGCGCUUGGUGCAAGUCAAUCAUUUGAUGCUUUAAUUUAAUUGGCCUAAACUUAGAAUAUAUGGUGCUGAUCUCACAUUCUUACUUUCCCCAUAGCCUAAAAAUGUGAUUGGGUCAGGCAGUCAUGGAUCCAUAUUUUGAUACAAUUAAUACACAUUCAGUAUAAGCAACGUUUCCUCCUAAUUUUAGAAAUGUAGCUCCAGCAUAUCAAUAUUGUGCUUGCAGCAUGAUGCAGCAGCAAAGAAAAUAAGAGAGUGGAUUGAUUUUCCUCAUGAGUUUGUUGUGGCUGUGUAUUUGUUUCUUUACUUUGUCCCUGUCUGCUGUGAAGGUUCAGGUAGAUCUAGAAGUCUGCUACUGCCUGGCUAAGUUCAGACUCCUGGUGCAGAGUUAGUGUUAAGUUGUCUCUACCUGCUCCUGGUGCACAACAAUGUCCCCAUCAAUCGUGAUCAAGACAUCUUCCCAUAUCAUCCCCUACAAUGGGAGGUUUUUGCUCUCGGAGGACAAGACGUCAAAUCCCAUUUGUCAGUGAAAUCUUCGGUUUGACAAAUGGCGCAUAUGCGAGAUUCCCUGAUUCGUACUGCCUCAGCUGGAAUGAAUGGCAGUGGGGCAGACUACAGGCUUACCUGAGAACAAUGUGGUCUUUUGAGAGGGCUGGCUGUCCCUCUAACUGCCUGCCUGUAAAGGUGUGUCACGCUUGGUUCGGCUCCAAGGGCGCUCUCAGUAACUCGAUACGUAUGUACAUUUAUCAGGGCAGUAGUUGAUGGUGAGAUUGGGUUGUGGAGCGUGAUGGAGCGUUGGCCAUGUUGUACCUCCUUUUUCUCCCUCCAUAGUUUUAUUAGACAGAUGUACAGGAUAAAAGUAUAUUGAUACAGAUUUUAAAUAUUUUUAAUAAUAGCAACUGUAACAGAAUUAAUAGCAGUGAAGUGUUGGAAUGGAAAAUUCUCCAUUUGAAAUGGGGAUUGUCCAGUUCGUGUUUAAAGAAAAAAAAAAAAAGAAAUGAAAGAGAGAGCGAGAAACUGAGAAAAAUGGUACAGUGCGUCAUGAAUGUGUAUGAUAUAAAGUUUCUAUUAAAGUGACCAAAGGUUUUGGCUUUGACUGUAGCAGAUCCAAAUAAUCGACUAGGGAAGUGAUGGGCUUACUGCAUCUUCCUCUCUGAGUAAGUACAGUUAAUAUAUACAGGUUAAACAUUUCAAAGAUACAAAUAACCACAUUUUAAGAUUCAAAAAAGGUGCUUAUGGGCUUUCUGUAGUAUGACAUGCAAAAGUGCCUUUCUCUUCUUCAAACUACCACAUUAACUCUGGAGAUGUCAACAUAGUAUCUUAUGUUUUGACAACUUGCAGCUAAAGAGAUGCCCAGUGUCCCUUUGCAUAGAUAAACAUUGUGUAUGAAAGUUGUAGAAUCAGAUAGAAAGUGUGUAUGUAUGUGUUUAAAAGGGGGUAAAGAGUUGAUAUGGGUGGUGCAGGAAAAAAAAUAAAAGCUUGAAUCCCACUAGGUUCUGUGCUAGGCAAGAUUGUUUUCCUUAAUGGUCAUCCUGCACCUGCUCACUGUUUAAUGUACAGUGUUUAGUGUUUGUAUUUUCAGGCUGUCUGGUGUCUGACUCCGUGCCUUCCUGCUUAGAACGAGAGAAGCUGCACGGAGGGGCCUGCAUUUACUCAGGCCGCCAAAAAGGCUCACGAUGAGAUGAAAAAGACCCGGAUGUUGGCGCUGAUAUUUAGAGGCCGGUUGUUUACUUGAUUCUGAACUAUAUGUGAGCAGAGGUAGCAUUUUAUUAAUUAAAAUAAGAGUUUAGUCUUAUGACCCCAAGCAUGUGGGUAAAAAGUAGCCAGAGUGAAAAAAUCUUUGACUUGAUAACACCGCAGCUUUUCUUUCCUUAAAGGGAGACGUGGCAAGCCAUUUUAUGAGUAAUCCUGCACACUUAUUAUAGGAGAGCUAGUUUCCUGUUUAAUAAUAUCAGGCACGAUUCUGUACAUAAAUGAUAGGAAGGUUGAGAGUUGUAAUGCUCAACAAGUACAAUAAAUGACUGGUCAUGUGACUGAUUUAUAUUUGAGUUAUUUACAUGGAAAGAAAGUCCUUUAUUGCAAGGCAAUGGAUCUUGAACAUCAUGAACUCGUCACUUUAAUGCUGUAUAUGCACAUUUCGUUGAGGGGAAGAAGGGGUGAGCAAUGAAGGUGGAGGUGUGGCCUGGAUGCCACAGUAACAGCACUUGACAAUGAUCGAAAGUUAUACAGAUGACACUUUUUUCCCCUCUGCCCAGUGUCUGUCACCACCUUAUUGAUUUGACUGCAAAAAAGCCCCUCAAAACAUAUGUUCAUUGACCCUUCAUGCACUCUAUGUAGUCACAGGUAUUUCACUCUCUUUCUUUCUUUCUUCUUUGUUUUUAUUUUUUACACUGCCCAAGAAUUAUACUGUACAGUGUAAUCAGUCACCCUUUUCUUUGUUCAUGUCUUCUCUCUGUCUGCCUCUUUUUUUUCUUUUUCUCUGUCAAUGUACAGUUAAUGAACCCUGCUUCCUGGCUAUGUUACUAAGUUGCUUCGUUGUAUUAUUUUGUUUUGACUUCGGUUACAGUGUGCUGUUUGGGGGCAGAAGGGGCAUCAAGUCUUUCUCUCCUACCAGUAGCUGUCACCCGUGGUGCUCUUGGCUUAUGCUUCGUUGUCUUAAUAUAAAAAAAAAUUAAUAAAAUCGUUAUAAAUA